AUGUUCAUUAUAUAUUUUAAAAAAUUGAUUUAUAUUUUAUUAUUUAUUGAAUUAUAUAUAAUAUUUGUAAAAUGUAUACCAAUACAAAAAAAUCAAUUAUAUAUAAAUCAAUCAUUAUCUUUAACAAAAUUUAAUAAUACUACUCAUUAUAAUUUAUAUAAUAAAUUUAUAACAAAUGGAUUUAAUGAUUUAUGGAAAGAUAAUCUUACACCAGUAAUUGGAAGAGUAAUAUGGUGUAUCAAUGAAUCAAAACAGAAAUGGUUAUAUUUAAAUAAAUUUGACAAUCAAAAUAUUAAUAAUAAAAGUAAUAUUACUAAUAAAAAAAUUAUUUUAUUAAAUUCUGGAAAAUUCUAUUGUCCACAACCUAAUCAAUCAGAAGAUAUGAAAUAUUGUUGUGGACCAUUAGGGAAACAAAUAUGUUGUAAAAUAACAGAUACGCCAGGUUUAAGAUGGGGUAUACCACUUGGAGUAAUUGUCACUGUGAUAGUAUUUUUGACAGUUAGUUAUACAAUUCAAGUAUUUCGAGCUUGUGAUAGAUGUUACCAUGAAUGUCCAAUAUUUACGCCGACUCCAAAUGAUGUUGAAUUCCAGUGGGAUACUCGUUGGUAUACUGUAUCACAUGAAGGUAAUCGAUAUGGUGUAACAUUUCAUAGUCGAAUAUUUGCUAAUGAAUUUAUGAAAUGUUUAGAAGCUGAAUAUGGUCGAUGGAAUACAGCUAAUAUAUUAAAAAUACAAAGAGAUGGGCAAAAUUUUGUUAUUUUAAAUAUAUUUUUUCAUGAUCUUUUUACACCAUGGUUUUAUACACAAGGGCCUAUUAAAAAUGAUGAAGAAUGGAUUCGAACAGAUUUUAAAAAUAUUUGUCAUACAGUACAAGCUCGAUUGGCUGUGAACCCUCGAUUCAAAUGGAAUAAAUUUUCAAAAAAUUCAACAAGCAAAACAUUAAAACAAACAAAUCAAUCAUCAACCAACACAAAUAUAUCGAAUUUAGACAAGAAAAACAUUGAUCGUUUAUCAAAUCCCAAUACUGUUACAACACCAUGGACACCAUGGACUAAAGUAGCUUAUAUUCCAUCAAUAACUGAAACAUCGACUAAGAAAAAUUUGACACGUAACUCAAAUAAAAGUAAAUAUAAAAUGAAAAAUGAAUAUAAAACUAAUCAAUUAGUCAAUGUAAUCAUAUUAGAAGAUAUUAUUGAAUGUAAUGGUUUAGAUAAAGGUGUACAAACUCAUCAGAAACGACUACAAACACAUAAAACAACAAUUGAUCCAGUUGUAUAA